AUGUCCGUUCACGCCAAUGGCAAGACGCCCUCACACGCAUUUAGUAAAUCACCGUUCCGUACUCGUGCCGAUUUUCAAGACGCUUGCUGCGGUCUUUUGAACCCACUCUUGCCUCUGUUCACGCCCGGCGGAAGUCGUGUCAAAGUAGGGACGUCAACGACUCGCUUUGACGAGGCUGGUGCUCAGAUCGAAGGGUAUGCUCGUCCUCUCUGGGGUCUAGCCUCGCUUCUCGCGGGCGGCUAUCAAUACGCCGAGGCCGCGAAAUGGCGCGAAGGCAUCAUCAACGGCACUGACCCCGAGAGCCCGGAGUACUGGGGGGAUAUUGAGGAUUCGGACCAGCGAAUGGUCGAGAUGUGUCCGAUCGGAUACGCUCUCGCUGUGGCUCCGCAUAUCUUUUGGGAUCCUUUGACGGACCGACAGAAAUCGAACGUGACGAAGUGGUUGAAUAGUAUCAAUGCGCGUGAGAUGCCCAAUACUAAUUGGCUAUGGUUCCGCGUCUUUGCCAACUUGGGAUUGAGGAGAAACGGCGCCGACUACUCUCACAGCCGAAUCGAGGCUGACAUGGAUCACUUGGAUACGUUCCACGUCGGCGGCGGGUGGAGCAAUGACGGGCCCAAGACCCAUCACCAAAUGGACUAUUACUCAGGAUCCUUUGCAAUUCAAUUUUUACAACUGCUAUAUUCAAAGCUUGCAGGGGACUUUGAUCCCGAGAGAGCCGAAAGAUAUCGGCAAAGAGCGAAGGACUUUGCCAAAGACUUUGUUUUCUAUUUCAACCCGGACGGUCGGGCAAUCCCUUUCGGUCGCUCUCUUACCUAUCGAUUUGCAAUGGUCGGGUUCUGGGGUGCUCUCGCUUUUGCUGAUGUCGAGCUCCCGGCUCCCUUAACCUGGGGCGUCGUCAAGGGACUUUUACUUCGCAACUUUCGCUGGUGGUCCACACAGCGAGACAUCUUCAACAAUGACGGCACUCUGAACCUGGGAUACUGCUAUCAGAAUUCGUACCUCACGGAGAAUUACAACUCCCCAGGUUCCCCUUACUGGUGUUGCCUCUCGUUCACUCCAUUGGCGAUCCCCGAGUCGCAUCCUUUCUGGGCCGCCGAGGAAGAAGCCUACCCAGCAGCCUCUCUUCCCGAGGUCGUAGCGCUGAAGUAUCCAAAGCACAUCGCCAUUCGCCGUGGUGGACAUUCUUUCCUGCUGUCCUCUGGCCAGGCAUGCCAUUACUCAAUGAGAGCGAUCCAUGCCAAGUACGGAAAAUACGCAUACAGUUCAUCCUUCGGAUACUCCGUCCCCACCGGCGGCUAUGAGCUGGAACAAUACGCACCAGACAGUAUGCUGGCGCUCUCCGAAGACGGCGAAUUCUGGAAGGCACGUCGACUGGUCGAGGAGGCGCACUUCGAAGAACCAGGUCAAGACGGCGUUCCCGUCCUGAUUUCUACCUGGAAGCCCUGGUCCGACGUUGAGAUCGAAACCAUCCUAAUUCCUCCUGCGCCCGAGACUCCGAACUGGCAUAUUCGCGCGCAUCGCAUUCGCUCCGGCCGAGCCCUGAAGAGCUCAGAGGGAGCCUUUGCCAUCUACGGAUGUCGGAGCGAUACUGGGCGACUAUUGGGACCCAUGGAAGGACCUGCGAGUGAAGGCACGAUGAGUGGCUCUGGAAAUGCACUUGUUCUCUCCUCGGCUGGCGUCGUGGGCAUUGUUGAGCUGCAUGCUUCUGGCGUGCGCGAGGGCAGAAUUGUUGUUGCUGAUCCUAACUCCAACAUUAUUCACGGUCGAACUCUUCUCCCUUCCCUGGGGGUGGAUAUUCGAGCGGGCGAGAAACAGUGGUUCGUGACUGCCGUCUUUGCAAUGCCUGAGAAUGUGAAAGACUGGCAGUCUGGCUGGGAACAGAAGCCUAAAAUCCCGGAGUGGUUGAAUGAGAGAUUGGUGACAUGA